AUGUCUUAUCUGUCAGCAGUGAUAAAGGUGGUGACGAGGAGAUUGGAAGAGCCUAUCGGCCAUCUUAAGUUCAGCUUGUAUUAUUAUUACAUAGCUUAUCAGAUUUUAGAAAUGCAGAAGAUGUUUAUGAUUACAAGGGAACUCUGUCGAAAUUUUUAUAAAAUUAUAAAAGUCAAAGCAUGUCAAGUUUGCCUUGGUGGUGGGUCCGGCAUUUCGCUGGCAUCUACCAUCAGCGCACGACACGUGUUGGAUCCAUUGGGGUUGUUCGGGACGGGUCCAUUUCUAUCUAGUACCACUGCUGCCAGCAACAUCGGACUGAGUAGCACUAGUUGCACUUGUUUUCCCUGCCAAAGUAUUCUGAUUCUUAUUCUGUCUAGAAAUGCCAGCACCCGACUGCAAAGAAACCCCCUGUGCUAUGUAAUACUGAAACAUCAUACCAAAAAUGUAUCCGGAAUAACGUGGGGCGAGUUUAAAGAUAAUUUUAAUGAGCAUUUCUACCUUCGUUCUUACAAGACUGACAAACAGAAUGAAUUUUUGAGAAUAGUACAGACAUCAACAGUGGCAGAGUAUCAGAAGAAAUUUCUACAAUUAUCAAAGUAUGCUGCUGCUCUUGUAGCUGAUGAAGUUGAUAAAUUCAGAAGAUUUGAGUAUGUCAUGAGAGAAGAAAUUAGAUCAGUGGUGACUGCGUCUGGGUAUGAAAAUUUGGGUAAACUUGUAGAAGCAGCAUUAAGGGUUGAGAAAAGUUUGUUUGAACGGCAUGGUGGUCAACAACAAAUGAGACCAGGAAUUGGAAGCAGUAGUCAAACAUGGGCAGGAAGAUCUAUGACUAGGCCACCGAGGAGGGAUCGUAGAGGAGAUGGAUUAGGUUUUUCCACUUCUGACAGGACACAUGAGGAGAGAGUGUCCAGUUCAUUUCCAGCAGGGUGGCAUACCACAGGGGGUUCUUUGCAGUCGGGUGCUGGCAUUUCUAGACAAAAUCAGAAUCAAAAUACUUUGGCAGGUAAAGAAGGUGCUACUAGUGCUAUUCAGUCUGAUGCUACUGGCAGCAGUGGUACUAGACAGAAAGGCCAGGCUGGACGACCCAGAACUAAGGGAAGAGUGUUUGCAGUGACUCAGCAUGAUGUCGACGAGUCACCAAAUGUGGUUAUGGGUACGUUAUCUAUUUUUGGGAAAAAGGCCCAUUCUUUAAUAGAUUCAGGUACUAUAUCUUAUGCAUUUGCUAUUUAUACGGACCAUAUGUCAGAAUCAUUCGAUAGUGAUUUGGUGGUAGCAACUGCUGUAGGAGAUUUACUUUUAGCUAACGGUGUGUACAAAGAUUGCGUGAUUAGAGUGAAUGAUCAUGAGUUGAAAGCUAAUUUGAUUCCACUUGAUAUUCAUGAUUUUGAUGUGAUAUUGGGCAUGAAUUUUUUGUCUGUAAAUUAUGCAUCAGUUGAUUGUUUUCGCAAAGAAGUGGUGUUUCGAAGGCCAGGAGAGCCUGAAAUUGUUUUUAGUAGUGAACGGAGAAUACUACCUUCGUGUAUCAUAUCAGUACUUGAUGCUGGAAAAUUUCUUAGAAAAGGUUGUCAAGCAUAUUUAGCUCAUGCGAUUGACACCCAAAUCACUAAAUUGAAACUUGAAGAUACACCAGUGGUAAAAGAUUUCCCUAAUGUUUUUCUUGAUGAUCUUCCAGGGUUACCUCCUGAUAGGGAAAUCAAGUUUACUAUUGAUUUGAUUCCAGGGACUACCCCUAUUUCACAAUCACCUUACAAAAUGGCUUCAGCAGAGCUGAAGGAAUUGAAAGUUCAAUUGCAGGAUUUAGUUGACAAGGGUUUCAUUAGACCCGGUGCAUCUCCAUGGAGAGCUCCAGUCUUAUUUGUGAAGAAAAAAGAUGGCACAAUGAGAUUGUAUAUUGACUACAAACAGUUGAAUAAAGUGACAGUACGCAACAAGUAUCCAUUGCCUCGCAUUGAUGAUUUGUUUGACAAACUUAAAGGUGCCUCAGUGUUUUCAAAGAUUGAUUUACGUUCGGGGUAUCAUCAGCUCAGAAUUAGAGAUAUUGAUGUACCAAAAACUGCUUUUAGGUCACGGUAUGGCCAUUAUGAGUUUUUGGUGAUGCCAUUUGGGUUGACUAAUGCCCCUGCAGCGUUUAUGGACUUGAUGAAUAGAGUGCUUCGCCCAUAUUUGGACAGGUUUGUGAUUGUUUUUAUUGAUAAUAUCUUAGUUUAUUCUCGCAGUAGAGAUGAACAUGCUGAGCAUUUGAGGAUUAUUCUGGAUAAAGUUGUAUUUUUGGGUAAUGUUAUCUCAACUGAACGUAUUUAUGUAGAUCCUCAGAAAAUUGAAGCAGUAACGAAAUGGGAACGCCCUACUAAUGUUACAGAAGUACGGAGUUUUCUUGGGUUAGCAGGUUAUUAUCGUCAAUUUGUAGAGGAUUUUUCCAAAAUUGCUCUUCCUUUGACUAGUUUGACUCGAAAGAACUCCAAAUUUGUGUGGACUGAUGAAUGUAAAAAGAGUUUUCAAGAGUUGAAGAAAAGAUUAGUUUCUACUCCUAUAUUUACUCUUCCAUCUCCAGGUGAAGAGUUUGUGAUUUAUAGUGAUGCUUCACACCAAGGAUUGGGUUGUGUUAUAAUGCAGAAUGGGAAAGUUGUAGCUUAUGCUUCUAGACAAUUGAAGAAGCACGAGUUAAAUUACCCAACUCAUGAUUUGGAGUUAGCUGCAGUAGUGUUGGCAUUGAAGAUUUGGAGACAUUAUCUUUAUGGUGAGAAAUGUCAAAUAUUUACUGAUCAAAAAAGUUUAAAGUAUAUAUUUGAUCAGAAAGAACUGAAUCUAAGGCAAAGGAGAUGGCUGGAGUUGAUAAAGGAUUAUGAUUGUAAGAUUGACUACCAUCCGGGGAAAGCAAAUGUAGUUGCAGAUGCUCUCAAUAGAAAGACAAGUUCAUCCUCUCUAUCUAGUGCAGUUUAUGCUUCUUUGAUUUGUGAGUUCAAGAAGUUACACACUGAGUUGACAACUACUACUUCAGGGGCAGUAUUAGCUCAUUUUCAGGUGAGGCCUACUUUGAUUGAUAAGGUUAUAGAAGCUCAAUCUCAAGACCAGACAUUGAGAAUAUUGAAAGCAGAAGUUAGUACUAGGUUAAGAAUGGAUUAUGUGAUUAGAGAUGAUGGGACUUUGGCUAUGGGCAGUAUUAAAAUGUAUUAUACAUUGAAAGAUCCUUAUUGGUGGCUUGGUAUGAAGAGAGAUAGCGGAUUUUGUAUCCAAAUGUCUUAUAUGUCAGCAAGUAAAGCCAAUAGAGACCCUCAUUUUACAUCUAAAUUUUGGCCCAGUUUGCAGGAAGCCAUGGAUGGCCAGUCAGAGAGGACCAUGCAGACUCUUGAGGAUAUGUUGAGGGCUUGUGCUUUAGAGCUCAAGGGUAGCUGGGAUACUCAUUUUUAUUGA